AUGAAUAAAGACAUGAUUGCCGCGGAGAUAAAUUGCCGUAAUACCUCAACAACAACAACAAACAUGGCUGUGGAAAACUGCAACACGAUCAACAAUAAUCAGCCAAACAAAACCGCAUGCCUGAGUGGCAGCGAUGAAAUCGCAUUUGAAGAGCACCCAGAAGCUGAAGCUUAUUUAAAACAUUUACUGGAGGAUGGUUGCAAUGAGGGGGAUAGUGGUUACGAUAUGGAAUUGCCAUCGUGGUAUGAUGAGCAUUUAUUUAAACAAGGUCAAAAUUUCAUGAACAAAUAUCGUUUUGUUAUACAAAGUGGUAUGCUGUCGGGUUUGGUGGCCGUCUUGGCAAUACCCUCAAUUCUGCGGGUACUCAUGUGUACGAGACAAUCAAACACAUCCGCCACAGCUUAUCGGAGAUAUGUAAGAACUCUGCUGCACACCAUUUCUUGGUAUAAAUAUUCUCCAGAAGAUAAAUCAUCGAAAUUUUGGAUUAGCCUUAAAGCAGUGCGUAAAGCUCAUUCGAAAUCAAGUAGGGCGUGUGCCAAACUCGGUGCCGGACAAAUAACCCAAAAAGAUUUGGCCUUAACACAAUUUGGCUUCAUAGGAUUUCUAUCGUUGGGUGCUCAUCGUAUACAAUUGGAUGAUGAACAUUUCCUGGAGGCCACCGCACAUAUGUGGAGGGUUUUGGGUUAUCUGCUAGGCAUUAAAGAUGAAUAUAACAUUUGUGGUCGCGAUUGGAAGGAAACUAAAUUAAGACUUGAUAUUGUUAUGCGUAAAGUCUAUGAACCGGCAUUGGAAAAUCCAUCCGAAGAUUUUCAACAAAUGGCCAAAGCAUUACUGGACGGUUUAUGGCACAUCAAUACCACCCUAACUGUCGGGUCAUUUAUCUAUCUAACAAAGCGCUUGUGUUAUGUUAAAGGUUAUGAAUACUUUGAAUUUGAUUAUCCCGCCCGACGCAAGCCGGAUCCUCAACAACGUCUAGCCUAUAAGGAUUUAAGUUGGUUAGAUCGCUUCAUUGUCUUUUAUGCCUUGAUUAUUGUUACCUAUCUGCAUAAAUUUGAUAUUGUCCGCUGUUAUUUAAAUUUCCGUGCCUGGAUAAAUGAACAACUGAUUGAAUAUUUGCCUUAUAUUGCCAUUUUGAAAUUUGGCACCGCCUGGGCUUACGUGAGCAUUUUUAAUCGUAAUGGUGGCGAACAGGAAUUCCAAUAUCAUUUGAAGGAGGAAUAG